AUGGCCCGAUCACGAGGCUCAUACACCUUGGCCCUUGGGCUCCUUUGUUGGAUCGCCCUGCUCUUCUCUCCUCUGGCUUUCGUCAAGCCUGUUCAGGCCGAGGUAGCUGAAUAUGGCACUGUCAUUGGUAUUGAUUUGGGCACGACCUACAGCUGUGUCGGUGUGAUGCAGAAGGGCCAUGUCGAGAUUAUCGUGAACGAUCAGGGUAACCGGAUUACUCCUUCUUAUGUCGCCUUCACUGACGAGGAGCGUCUCGUUGGUGACGCGGCCAAGUACCAGGCCGCCGGUAACCCUGAACGAACCAUUUUUGACAUCAAGCGUCUAAUUGGCCGAAAGUUCAGUGACAAAAACGUGCAGGCCGAUCUCAAGCACUUCCCUUAUAAGGUUGUCGCCAAGGAUGACAAGCCUGUUGUCCAGGUUGAUGUCCAAGGCAGUCAGAAGACUUUCACCCCUGAGGAAGUUUCCGCCAUGAUUUUGGGUAAAAUGAAGGACGUUGCCGAGUCUUACUUGGGCAAGAAGGUCACCCAUGCCGUCGUCACUGUCCCCGCCUACUUCAAUGACGCCCAACGCCAGGCUACCAAGGAUGCGGGUACUAUCGCCGGUCUCACUGUCCUCAGAGUUGUCAACGAACCCACCGCUGCUGCUAUUGCAUACGGUCUGGACAAGACCGAGGGUGAACGCCAUAUAAUUGUGUACGAUCUUGGUGGCGGUACUUUCGAUGUCUCUCUUCUUUCCAUCGACCAGGGCGUUUUCGAGGUCUUGGCUACUGCCGGUGACACCCAUCUUGGUGGUGAGGAUUUCGACCAGCGCAUCAUUAACUACCUCGCCAAGUCGUUCAACAAGAAGCACAACGUGGAUAUUACCAAAACUAAGAAGGCCAUGGGUAAGCUCAAGCGUGAGGUUGAGAAGGCCAAGCGCGACCUGUCGUCUCAGAUGACCACUCGCAUUGAAAUCGAACCCUUCUUCGAGGGCAAGGACUUCUCUGAGACCCUAACUCGCGCCAAGUUCGAGGAGCUGAACAUGGAUCUUUUCAAGAAGACCCUGAAGCCUGUCGAGCAGGUUCUCAAGGACGCCAAGAUGAAGAAGGAUCAGAUUGAUGAUAUUGUUCUUGUCGGUGGUUCUACCCGUAUCCCCAAGAUUCAGGCUCUCGUUGAAGAGUAUUUUGGCAAGAAGGCGUCCAAGAAGGUCAACCCCGACGAGGCUGUCGCUUUCGGUGCCGCUGUUCAGGCUGGUGUUCUCUCCGGAGAGGAGGGUACCGAGGAACUUCUUCUUAUGGAUGUCAAUCCUCUUACUCUCGGUAUUGAGACCACUGGUGGGGUCAUGACCAAGUUGAUUCCCCGCAACACCGCCAUCCCUACUCGCAAGAGCCAGAUUUUCUCUACUGCUGCUGAUAACCAGCCCGUGGUCCUGAUCCAGGUCUACGAGGGUGAGCGAUCUCUGACCAAGGACAACAACCUUCUUGGCAAGUUCGAGCUUAGUGGCAUCCCCCCCUCGCCUCGUGGUGUCCCCCAGAUUGAGGUCUCCUUUGAGCUUGACGCCAACGGUAUCCUCAAGGUCUCAGCUCACGACAAGGGCACUGGCAAGCAGGAGUCCAUCACCAUUACCAACGAUAAGGGCCGUCUUACCCAGGAGGAAAUCGACCGCAUGGUUGCUGAGGCUGAGAAGUACGCCGAGGAGGACAAGGCUACCCGUGAGCGCAUUGAAGCUCGCAACAGUCUCGAAACCUACGCUUUCAGCCUCAAGAACCAGGUCAACGAUGCCGAGGGUCUUGGUGGCAAGAUUGACGAGGAGGACAAGGAAACUAUUCUCGACGCCGUUAAGGAGGCUACUGAGUGGCUCGACGAGCACGGUUCUGACGCUUCCGCUGAGGACUUCGAGGAGCAGAAGGAGAAGCUGUCUAACGUGGCUUAUCCUAUCACCUCCAAGCUGUACGGUGGUGAUGCUCCUGGCAGCCAGGAGGAAGAAUCUGAUUUCCACGACGAACUGUAA